AUGGAUUCUACGACGAAAUCACGUGAUCCCACCGUUUCGGCAGAAAUUUCGAAACUGGUCGACUCCAUGGAUACCUUUAAGGUGCAUUCAGAUCAACCCUCUUCUAAGCUUUCCGCUAGUAGGCAACCGAAGCCCUCCCUCACUCUGAAGGUUGAGGAGACAAAGGAGCGUUCCGUCGGUUUCUUGAUUCCUGAUAAGGAUGACGCCAAUAAUUCUCACUGUGUCGGUUUAAUUACCGACGAAUUCGUCGAUAUUUCAGAUUCGCCCUACAGGAUGAUCAAUCCUCCAGUUCAAAAUGAAUUCUACAACAAUUCCCCAACCGACUCCUCGAUUGACAUCUCAGUGCGAGAUUUGAAUUCUGACAUCUUGGUAUCCCUCGUGGACCGUGAAGCAGAAAUGAGAGAUCUGUUCGCCCGAAAUCAGGAUUACUUUGAUACGGUCCGGCAAAGCAUCUUUCCAUCCUCCGAUGAGCAAGGUUGGCACCGAUUUCUUGAUCUAUUGUAUUCUCCGCGCCACGUGCUUUCAGAUGCAGAGUGGAUGUCCGCGAUAUCCAAUUACAUGGAACCCAAUCCGACGCUCUUGGUGAAAUUCAAAGAAAUUGUUGGAUAUUAUGAGGUAGACGAAAAUCCCGACGACUAUUUCGAAAGUACUAGCGAUAACGGCUACCACGAAAGCAAUCUGACAGACCGUCGACGCGUUUCAUUCGACCAUUCGGAUCCUUGUUACACGGGGGCAUGGUUCGAAGAGCCCGAGAAUAAAUUCUUAGAUGUUUCCAUUAUCAGAGAUUAUCCAAGAAUUUUGGAAAAUCUCGAGUCAUCGUAUCCACAAUUUUUCAAUCUAGCACACCAGUUUUUGGGUCAGGAGACGGAACGGAGAGGCA